AUGUUUUACUCUCAUCAGCUUCUUGCUCGAAAAGCACCACUCGGCCAAAUCUGGAUGGCUGCGACUAUGCACGCGAAGAUAAACAGAAGAAAGCUGAAUAAGCUCAACAUCGCUAAAAUCUGUGAAGAGAUUCUGAAUCCAGCGAUUCCCAUGGCUCUCAGACUCUCUGGAAUUCUCAUGGGAGGAGUAGUGAUUGUUUAUGAAAGAAAAGUGAGGCUGCUUUAUGAUGAUGUUUCUCGUCUUUUGGUUGAAAUUAAUGAAGCAUGGAAGGUAAAGAAUGCCCCGGAUCCUACACGGCUUCCUAAAGGAAAAUCUCGAGCCAAGAAAGCGGCAAUUACUGGAGAUGAAGAACAGAUGACUCGGGAAGAAAUUGAACAGUCCCUUCGGUCCAAUGCAGCCCCUACAAUGGGGUUCCAGCAGACAUCUUUUUUUUCUAUGAGACUUGAUUCUUUGGAUGAACCUAAUAUUGGUAAUAUAGGCAGAGAGGAGGAAGACCCAAUGAUUCAUCUCCAUCAAGCUGCUCCGGAGAAUAUUACAUUAAUGGACUCUUUCCAAACUUAUAUGGAGCCACAUAAUCGAUUUGAGAGGUUUGACAUCGAAGGAGAUGACGAAACACAACUAAAUGUAAUUUCAGGGGAUUAUGCUGAAUUUCCACCCGUGCUUAUACCCUCCCCACCUCCACCAGAUGACCCAAAGAGAGAUGAUGCAACUGAAGACAAACAUCCUGAGCCCCCGAUCAUUCAGCAAGAUGAUGAAAACAUGAAUGCUAGAGCGGAACCUCGAAGGCGAGGGCCAAAUAAAAGGAAAAGAGGAAAACCAAUACAAAUGGACGAGGAGCAAACCACAAUCCCGGCUCCUAGAUACCAAAACUGGCUUCAAAACACUUCUGAUUUGGUCUCAAAAAGAGGAGGAAUGAAAAAGUUGCAGCAGCGACAUGGUAUCAUGUCUUCAAUUAAGAUAGCUAACCUCAUGGAGGUGCCACCUGUUGCGCUAAAUGAAGGCUUGUUUUCAAGUGUAAAGAAAGAUAUAUAUUAUCCAACACCUCUCCUUGACUUAUGGAUUAAAGCCACUCAACCACCCCAUGAUUCACCUUCAGUUAGGGUGACAUCACAUCAUCCUCCAGAACCAUCAUCAACAUCACCUCCAGGAGUACAGAACAAUGAUUUCACAGGAUAUGGUUUUGAGGAAUUUGAUGGUAACCUAGACAACCUAUUUAAUGCUACGGCAGAGAAGGUGCGGACGCAGAUCCUUGAGAAUGGUUUGAGAGUCCCUGAAUCUACUCUCCAUGCCUCUUCAAGGAAAUCUGACGGUUUUGCAGGAGGAAACAGUGCACUUUCCAUUCCAAGUACAGCAUCUGAACAUGGUUAUUCCUCACAAUCAGACUUGGAGAGAGGAAGAUUCAGAAAGAGAGUGCAUUCAUCUGGAAAGAGCAGCGGAGGGCUUCCGACAGUAGAUGAAAAUCUUAAGGCUGGAAAUUUCAAGUUACCUAGGUUGUCUGACAUUGACCCAACACCUGAUCAAGAACUUCUUGUGGAGACAGGACCCACACAAACACAAGGAAACACCAAUCUUCCUAAUGACAAGAUGACCGAAUCAAUCCACGCUCAGCUGAAAGCACAUUUUAGCACUGGUGGAGUUCCUGAAUCUGAAUCCUUAGAUGUCCUAGCUGCUGGAAUGACCAAAAAAGCAGCCGCACAACUUUUCUAUCACACCUGCGUUCUUGCUACCCGGGAUGUCCUUAGAGUUGAGCAAAAGGAGGCUUAUGGACCGAUACUUAUCUUUAAAGGAUCUCAAAUUUGACGAAGGUGGAUGAUCAUGUUUAAUUUAGGAAACAAGAGUGACUCCUCUAUAAGCAAUUAUUAGUACCUCAUUGUACAUCACACGGCUGGAUUAGCAAUCACUAAGAUUUAAAAUUUUAUAGUAUUUUAUUUGUUAUUAUUA